GUCCAUGGCCGGUCCGAGGCGCACCCCUCGGGGCAGCGAAGCAACACCCGCACUCCGACCAGCGGGACGCGGCGGGGACUUCCGGGGUGGCUGCCACUUCCGGUCGCGCGGCCUGCUCUCGCGUGAGGACGGCGCUCGCCUUGGGCUGUUAGCUCGAGAGCUCGCGAGGCGUGCGGUUGCCGUGGUGACCGGCGGGCGUUGGGAAGAGGGUGAGGAGCAGAAGAAGAGUUCGUCCUAUUUCUUUGCAAAGUCUAAGGACAAACUGAUGGAGAGGCAGUCCCAGGAGACUAGACAAACAGACGGGGAGGCUGGCAAGCCCUCAGACAGCCCUCUGGCGACGGCGACAGCCACACACAGACAGCCUUAUGCUUCCUGGGAAGAACACCUGGUCAAGCUCCUGCCCACAGCCCACAGCCCACAGGGAACUGGAGCUUCAGUCCUGGGCCUACACAGAACUGCAUUCUGCCUACCCCCAGGGCACUGGAGAGGAUUCCAGCCACGCCACACCUGGACUCCUGGUCCAAAGAACCUAAGAGAAUAAACUUGGUGCUGAUUCAGCCACUCAUUUUUUUGUAGUCAUUUGUGGUACAGUAAUAGAAAAUGAAGCCAGCACAGAAUGCUGGGGUGGAGCUCAGCCAUAGGCUGCUCCCCCGGUAGCCUUAAGGCCCUGGAUUCAGUCCAGCCUGAUAGCCAGGUGUGGUAAUGCACAUCUGCAAUCCCAGCACUGUGAGAGGCUGAGCCAGAAAGAUCAUGUUUGACUCCAAUCUGGGCAUCUUAGUGAUUCAGCUCUUAGUGAGACCCUGUCUCAAAAACAUAGAGGCUGGGGGUACAGCUCAGUGACAAAGCCCUAGGCUCAGCCCGUGACACCAUGGAUGGAUGGUGACAGAUAGAGUCCAGGCUCUUGUGUAAGGUGAACAAAAAAUUGCAUGCAAUCACAGGAAGAAAUGCUCAGGGGAGGUUUGUGCCAAGAAAAACGUGGUGUGAACAGAAAAAUAGUGCUGGGGCAACAGGAAAGUAAAAAGCACACACAGAGAAGACAGGCUUUCCCAGCUCUCUUAGGAGGGGCACCCCAGCCUCGUGCCUCUGAUGGGUUUCUAGGUGAGGCUGCAGGCAUGACUGACAGGGUGCUGUGUCACCCGAGGCAGGACAUGUUCCAGAGUUCACCAUGACUGAGUAACAGGGAGGAGGGCUGGUCUGGCUGCUGCCAAGCCUGAGUUGGUAGUGGGGGAUGGUCUCCCAACCUCCACUGUGCUGCCUGUACUACUAGUACUGAAAACCAAAACAGUAGUACAGACAGUAUGUAUCAGGAGCCCUAGAAAGAUGUACAUCUCUAAAUGAUUCAAAGUCU